AUGGAAAGACAACGUUUCACUCCUUAUUCAACGAUUUCAACUUUUCGAGACCCAGAACAGCUACAAACCUAUAUAGAAGAGUCGACAGUGAGCGGCCUUUUACGAAAUAUCAACUUGGCCGUCAAAGAAGGCAAGGAGUCGCUCCAAAGCUACAAAGCAUCUUGCAGCAGUUUGCAUAGUGAGCUAAAUGUUAUGAAAGAGCACAUAGAAAAAGAUACAAAUGACUUGAAUCCGUUAGUAGGAACAAAAUUAAACGAACUAAUUGAACAGAUGAGAGAGGAAUUUGUGCAGUUGACUUCAGAAAACAUGAGGAUUGAUAAGCAAAUCAAAUGCUUAGAAAAGGAGCAGAAGACGCUCGAGCAGCAGUCAAAUGAAUAUGUAGGCAGAUCUGACAAAAUUGUUUCUUGGCUUCAGCAAGAGUGGUAA